AUGGCCAUCUCCAUUGCCGAUAGUUCUACCAGCCCAUCAAGGUGGCCUUUGGGCAUGUCUGCUGUCUCGGAGAAGCACGAUCAUCCCCACAAACAGAGCAUGUGGCAUCGGUGGGGUCUUCGGAGGUUGCUAGGCCGCGAUGAUCGAGGUCACGAUCGAAGCCGACAUGCUCGCCGUUCCUCCCCAAACCGCAAGCUUAAUAGCACCCCUGGUAGCAGCGGUGCCAGCAAGGCCAGCAAUGAUGGCAUUAAUAGCGACAGCCGCAGCGAGAACAUCACCCGGAGACUCUCCCGCAAGGUGGCUGGCGUUGGUCUUCCCCGGCCUACGACCUUCAAGAGACAGGUUUCGGAACGUCGCGAUCGCUUGUCUCCCGCUGACCCAGAACCCCGCCGAGCGGUCUCCGCUGACCGUCAGAGGCCGGGAUCCCCACAGCCAACCAUGGAUCCCAGAUUGUCCGCUCCCGAGGUUCAGUGGCUUGGUGAGUUUGAACAGACGGCGGAACAACCGUCAGAUGAGAAGAAUGAGGUCGAUGAUUUCACUCUAGAGCCUGAGCCAGAGCCAGAGCCAGAGCCAGAGCCGUUACGUGAGCAUCAACUGGAAGAUGCGACUGACGGAUUUGAGGAGGAGGAUGCCACGAUUGAGAUAGAGCUGGAAAGAAAAUGGAUCCUGAACCUUAGCAUGCACUUCAGGGAUCGGUCUGAACGGGAAAAAUUUUUCGUCACCUUCGCCGAGACGCCCAAUCGAUGGCGCAGGGUCACCAUCUCGUGCGACUACCGCAAUGCAGCUCUUGAUUCGCUCGAGGAGGACCUGAAGGGGCUGCGGUACCAGCGGGAUAAAUGCGCUCGCAUUUACGAGUCAAUCCGGGAAUCCCUGUCAGAGAUCCAGUUCUACGACACUGUUACGAAUCUGAAACUGGAGACGAGAGACGGCCGUCUACAUGUUCAUGUGACGGAAGACGUGAAUGAGAUCAUCCCUUAUCCUCCCGUCUCCUGUGUUAGACACCUGGGAGGGGCUCUGUUUGUCCCAGAAGACCAGCUCUAUUUCGACUCGCACUUGUCGGGAUUUGUCUACAAGGUGCAAUUGGAUGGCAAGGACUUUAUCAAGAAGGAAAUUCCUGGCCCAGACACGGUGGAUGAGUUCCUUUAUGAAAUAAACGCCCUUCACGCUCUCAGCCACUCAUCCAAUGUCAUCCGGUUUGAAGCAAUCGUGGUCGAUGACCGACGGGAGCUGGUCAAGGGAUUGCUGAUUAGUUACGCUGACCAGGGUGCCCUGGUGGAUAUCCUGUACGAACACAGAGGUGAGAUCUCGUGGGAACGACGAGAGCGCUGGGCCAAGCAGAUCGUCCACGGCCUAUGCGAAAUCCAUGAAGCGGGCUACGUUCAGGGUGACUUCACCCUCUCGAACAUUGUCGUAGACAAAUACGACAAUGCUAAAAUAAUCGAUAUCAACCGAAGGGGCUGCCCGGUCGGCUGGGAACCGCCGGAAAUUGCGGCCAAAAUCGAAAGCAACCAGCGAAUCUCCAUGUACAUCGGGGUGAAAACGGACCUUUACCAAUUGGGCAUGACGUUGUGGGCCUUGGCUAUGGAGGAGGACGAGCCUGAACGGCAGGAACAUCUCUUGACUUUGGACAAAGAUGCCAAGGUCCCAGGAUAUUAUCGGAGAAUGGUUGCUAUUUGCUUGAAGCUCUUUUAUGAGCCACAUCUGCCCCCGAUACAAUCUCAAGACCCCAACGUGGCCGUAUUAGCAGGGAAUCACCCUGGUGACCCCAAGGAAUUCUCAUAUCGUGUUCCGUCACCCGGUCUUCUCAGUCCCCCAUACCGGUCAGCCCCAGAUUCCCUGGAUGACGGGUACAGCUCAAGCCAAUGCGGUUCGACCAGGGAUUUAACGCCUCCAUACACUGAGACAAACGGACACCUUCUUCGUAAUCCCGAUGAGCCACUGGGGAGCGUUGCGGAUACACUAGAGGACCCCAGCAUUGAAGAUCCUCAGCUAGACUAUCCUCCGGCAGGAAUUAGUUUUCAGGAAGACUACGGAAUCAUUGACGAUAGUAUGGAUCGUCCGGAACUUGCACAUGACGAUUCUAUUCAAUAUUCCGAAGACGGCGGUAUCAACCUGCGCUCCACUGCUGAUUCGUUACAUCGGGAACCUAAGAUGGACCAAGUCAAACCCCUGCAGUCAUUUAGUGUUCGCACCCAUCCUGAAGAACUUGUUGGAGUUGGGGAACACUCUGCUUUUACGAACGAUCCACCCGAUGAACCGGUAACUGAAAACACACCCAAAGACGAAGAGUCCUCGUUACCUACGCCGACGACUCAAUGUGCCAACUCGCUUUCUAAACCAACAGCCUACUCUGGACAUUCGUAUGACCGGGGAAUCAAGAAAGAACGCACGGCUUCAGUGUCUGGCUCUCUUUUUCGUUCCAUUUUGCCAAUAAAUCCUGCUAUAAAGUCGUUGACACAGGAGCCCAAACUGGACAGUCCUAUUCGAUCUAGCUCGGGUAACAUUCCAUCCAAACAAUAA